AUGGCUUUCUCAAGAGUGCUGCGAGGUGGAGGUGGCAGUGACAGCAACGGUAGCGGCAGCGAAAUGGAAGAACAAGCAUCUCCUCCGCAGAAGCAGGAUGUUGCUGUGGAGCCAGCUUCUUCCAGCCAGCCGGGUGGAGAUCCAACAAAGGGCGCAGUCGGAGAGGGUCCAGAAACAGACGGCGCGACUGUCAAGCCUGCUGCUGCUGCUGCUGCUGCGGCGGCGGCGGCAGUCAAGCAGGAGCCCAAGGGCGAUGCCAAGGAGAAAGCUCUACGCGAGGCUCUGCUAUCGGCAGAUGGCCCCUCCAAGAUCCUGCGGGAGGCGGAGCGCAUUCCCGCUCUCCGCCGGCUGUCCGACAGCGCCCUCCGAGUGACCUCCGCCACGCCGUCCGACGGGAGGCUGGCCGCGCUCGCGCUGUACCGCCUGGGCGCCGCGGCGCGCGCGGCGGAGUCGGCGCCUUCCUCCGGGCUCGCGUCUACGGCAGCGUCGGCCGUGGAAGGCAGCGUCGCGGCCGAUGGAGAGAGAUCUGCGGUGGGACCGUCGAAGACGGGAGGGGAAGGAGGAGGAGGAGGUGGAGGAGGAGGAGGAGAGCGACCUGAGAGGGGUGGGGCUAACGCCGGAGGCGCAGCUGGGGAUGCCGAAAGACCUGCCGCGGCGACGGAAUCGGGCGACCAGUCAUCGACGACGCCUACCGCCACUUUGUCUGCGGCUACGGCGCGGCAGGGCGGUGAGCCGUUCAACAACGAACAAGGCCAGGCUGGCACUGGAGCUGCUACGGGCACGGGGAUCGAAGUGCCGGGGGUCAAGGGCGAUACUCCUGAAGAGGCGGGAGCUGCGGGUGAAAGUGUAAAGACGAAGGACCCUGCCCUCGCGGGGAGUGUGCCGCGUUCCUCUGAGGGUGGGGGUGGGGUGGAGGAAGAAGUCGGGACCCCGGCGGCGGCGGCAUCGGUUGGCAGCUCUCCAAACAAGGGGGCGACGACGGCAGCGUUCGACAUGGAGGAAGUGAGGUCCGACCAGCGGUUUGAGCAGCUCGUGGAGAUCAUCGAGUGCGUGUCGAAGGACCUUUCGGUUUCGGACACCAGCAAGGUGGUGUGGGGCCUCUCUAUCCUUGGACACGUGCCGCGCAACAGCCUCCUCGAGUCGCUGGCCACAUUCCUCACGGAUCGCCUUCGGCAAGAGGCCGCCACCGCUGCCACAGCCGCCGCCGCCGCCACCGCCGCCGCCGCUCCCAGUGCCGCCGGCGAUAUCGGCGGGGAUCCUGGCGAGGGCGAAGGUGGUGCUAACGGCCAAAAGGUGACGGUUGCCGGGGGCGCCGAAGACGGGAUUUCAAGCCCCUCCUCGAGCGAUUCGCCGCAGGAAGGGGGCUUGGGGUCGGGGAGCGGGAAGCCUGCGGAGGGUCAUGACGAUGGUCAACUUUCCGGCAUCGAGGGAGGCAAUGCCGGCGGCGGCGGCGGCGGCGGCAAUGGUGCCGAGGCUGUCGACAAGGCGACGACGGGGGCGGCGAGCCCGAAGAAGCGGGACGCGGUGGCUUGCACGUCCGGGACGGAUCUCGCGACUGCGGCGCUUUCCUUCGCGUACGCGCACGCCAGGCUGGACAUCUCUACGGGGGAGCUGCUCGAGGUUAUCGCCGCGUGCGCGACCCCUCAGCUGGCGGCGAUGCCGCUGAGAGACCUCGCCAACCUGUCGUGGGCGUUCGCGGUGCAGCAUCGGCUUCACCCCGAGAUGAUGGCGGGCGUCGGUCGAGAGAUCGUGUCCAGCCGGGCUUCCGGCCGCAUGGCGGCCAAGGACGCCUCCAUACUGGCCUGGGCCUACGGGAUGCUGGGCCUGCGGCCCGCCAGGGUGAUCGAGGCCCUCACCCGCGAGGGCCUGGCGACGGUCCAGGAAGCCACGCCGCACGACCUGUCGAACCUGGCGUGGGGGCUUGCGAAGGCGGGUGCGGGAGGCAGAGGCAAGGAAGAGGCGGAGGUGGAAGAUCCGGUGGCGUCGGCGGCAUCCGAGGACUCUGGUAGCGGUGGAGGAGCGGGCAACGAGGCCAAGGCCGGGGAGGAGGCCGAGGCCUCGGCGCUGGGCGAGAGCGGGGAAGCGAGCGGCGGCGGCGGAGACGCCGAUGGCGGCGGCGGUGGCGCGUGGGGCCUCGGGUGGGUGAAGUCGAGGUGGGAGCGGGGUAGCGGCCCGGAAGGGGACGGAGAAGAGGAGCAGGAGGACUGCGGCGAGGGGUUAUCAGAGGAGGGCUCGGGUAGCGGGGAGGCGUCCAGUGAUCCUGCUGACAUUCACGCCACCUCGGUGGAAACCCUCGCGGACCUGGUUUCCCGGAGGGAAGGAGGAAGAGGCUUCGAUGGAGCAGAGAGUUUUCAGCACUUCCAGCCUAGGCAGCUGUCGAGGCUGUGCUGGGCGCUGGGGGCGUGGCACGGGCGUGGGUCUGUCAAGCUCCUGGGGUCCGACAUUUUCGCGGCGAGAUCGUUGUCAGAAGCCGGGCAACACCCCAAGGAGUACACAGCCGAAGAGCUAGCUCAGGUUCUCUGGGCGUUCGCCACUCUGGUGGGCAAGGCCGACUCUCCGGCUCAUGAGCUCGCCGGCCUCGUGGGGGCCCUGGCGGAGGGCUUCGAGACGGAGGGAGCCCGGGGCAUGGGAGGAGGAGGGGGGGGAGGGGGGGUCUCCGCCGCCGGCAGGGAGGGGGGCCUGGACGCGGCGACGGCGUGCGACGUGCUCUGGUCGUUCGCGACGAUGGGCCACCCGGCCCACAGCCUGUGCGAGGCGAUGGCGAGGGACCUCGUCAACAAGGUGCCGGAGCUUCCGCCUUCGUCGGUGUCGCAGCUGGCGUGGGCAUACGCCAAGAUGGGACAUCCUUCCGCGGAGCUCAUGGAACGCGUGCUGAGCGUGGUGGAGAGGAGGCUGGACGAGUUUACCGUGGAGGAAGCGGCGAGCGCGCUCUGGGCUCUUGGUGCCCUCGGGUACACGGUGUCUCUCAAGCGCCAGUUCGACGUCACGAAGGACGACCUCACCUCGCUCAGCCCGUCCGCGUCAGCGAACUUGUUGUGGGGCUUGGUCAAGACGGAGGCGGCAUUUGCAGACGGCUUCGACCGGGAGUGUCUCGAGGCUGUCGCGGCAGACAUGGGACCCAAGCUGCUCAGCUUCUCGCCCAGGGAGCUUUGCCGCACUGCUUGGGCCUUGGGGCGGCUGGGUCUGGGAGGCGUUUUGUUCGGGGGACCCGCGACGGACGGCGGGGGGGGAGAUUCGGACGAUGAUGGCCCUGCGGUAGAUGGGGGGUGCGAGUUGUCGGGGCUGAUGGACAAGCUCUUGGGGGAGUGCUCGAAGUGGAUCGAGAUGUUCACGCCGCAGGAAUUGGAAACCUUGCUGUGGGCCGUCUGCCGUCUGGAGCACCGAGCGGACGACCUGGUGGCCGACAUGGCGGCGGAGGGAAAACGGCGCCAGGAGGAACUGCCGAGCCUGCUGAAGCAGUCGGGGCCCUCGGCAGCGCGCGACGCGGCCUUUCACCUAGGGGCAUUUCGACACCUUCUCGCCAAGUACAGGGGGGUAGACUUCGACGGCCGGAGGGCGAGGGGGAGGUAUCGCCGGGGCAAGAGCAUGAUUUCUCGCAUGUUUCGAGAGAGAUGAAUAAGUUCACCAUUUCGAGAGAAAGAUGAAGUAGUUGUGCUUGGUGGACUAUGGAUGUAGUGUUGUCGAGUGUUGGUUGUUGUGGUGGGCUGGUGACAAGAAGGCGUGCCGCGAUGCCUGUUGACUGUGACGUUUUCAAGUUGUGGGAGCAUACGCUGUUGGGGUUUUCGGGAUUGAUUUGGUCGCCGACCGCAUGUCGCGAACAAGAACGAAACUGUGGAUGUUCAAUAUCACUACUUCCGUUUUACACUGUUGUACGUGCUCCUUUGCCGUGCUUGUUCGGAGAUGCCGGUAGCUCUCCCCGUGGGGCAGUUGGUUCUGCUCGUUCCCUGUUACUGUCAGCUCUCGCAGUCACACAUAUGUGAUGCGGGUCGGCCGCAGACCCCGUCUCCGGACGGAAACAUGUCAUCAACAUCCGAAUGUCUUGUGCGACUGCUGUCGUAUUUCACACUCUCUCGUUGCUGGUAUGGUGUCUUACCAUCGUUAAGCCACGCCACAGAGUAGACAGAAUUCGUUAGGAACCUUGGGGGGUCGGCAAACACCCCCGACAGGGAUGUGGGCACGGUGAGGCCGUUGCGUUGUUGGCAGCCCCGUUGCUGGUCACUCACUUACCCUCGCGCCAAUAUGUGGAUAUUCUGCACGCCACAAGGGGAGAAGGCGAGGAGGUGUGAAAUCCGAUGUUGUCUUGGUGUUACUCGCUUGAAGAGUUUUGGACGUGGGGCGGCGUUAGUCUAACGCGUGCAGUCUUAGUCUUGCCAGCACGUUUUGCGAACAAACCUGGAAGGAGUUUUAAGAAUAUCCGGUGUAUGAACUGAUCUGUAACGAUACAUUUUGCAGAAAUCUUCACCUACAACUGCUUCUUGAGGAGGGUGGUUGCGUUGCCUAGAGAGUGGUAGCGUAGUUGUUGGUACAUAGAUAGAUGCGUUUCGGCGACAAGAAGCCGGGGGAGGAACCUGUGUCACGCUCUUGAAAUAAACGCGUGUUCCAAAA